AUGAUGGUUUUAGAGAUACUUGUUCUUGGUUUUGAGCUGGAGGCCAUUGUUUAUGUAACUAUUCACAUAGUUGUUCACGUGAACAAAAGGGCUGUUGUUUCUUUGCUGGUGUUCAACUGCCUUGUCACUUGUUCUCAGCAGCAUUUCAGCUGCCAUCUCUUUGGCUUUAAGCGGCUUUUUCUGUUGCUUGGAGCACUUGACUGUGCUUUCCUGCAUGUUUUUCAGGCAUCUUAUGUCUCUUUAAGGCUACUGUUGGCGUUUCUUGUUUCUUGGUUUGCUGUUUUGAUCAGGAUGCACUGUUCACGUGUUUUGGCUACUGCUGUGGAUCUACUUUCACCCGUUUACUACUCUACUGCGAAGGGUUUUCCUACUGAUUUUUCUACUCCUUCAGCUGGAUUAUUAGCUGUACACUUCGAUUGGGUUCUUAGUGGCCGUUUGCUUCUUGCUUUAUGUUUCCUGCUUGGUGUUGGUUGCAAUGGUUGCAACAUUCAGCUGGUCCCUGUUGAGGAGACUGAUGCUCAUAUUUUUGUUCUUUGUCCUUUUGCUCAUUCUUUCUGCAGCAAACUUGCUGCUGCUAUGGGCUUUAAGAUUGUGCCUGGUGAAUUCCCUAUUUGUAGGUUCAUGAGAAUGUGUAGGUGUUUCAAAGGUUUCUCUCUUAGCCAUGCUUUAAUUAGAGGUGUAUCUAUGUUCACCUUUUGGGCAUUAUGGAAAGAAAGGUGCAGGAGGAGAUUUGAGGGGUUGAACCUGAAUAGUCAUGCUGUCUUCCUCCAGGUGGUCAAUGCAUUGAAAUGA